AUGGUUCGUAGUCGUAGCGAAACGAAUUUAAAUAGGAUUUUUUUGGAUUUAUGUACAAGUCCAGAAAUACGUUCUAAAAAUGGACAUAUUCGAAAUAAUCAACGACAAAAUCAACCACAUUUACCUACUUUACAACCAAUUAAAUCUAAUUCUUGUUCAGAUUUAACUAAACUACCAUCACAAACUAAUACGCAAAUAUCAUCAACUUCACUCGAUGAUAAUCAGAUAGAAAAAACUGAACCAUUAAAUUUAUCUACGCCUCCUCAAUUACCACCGUUAGAAAGAAAAUUAUCAAUAAAAACUCCAGUAUCUACUAGUAUUCCAUUAACACCAAUGGAAUCAACAGGCUUUACAGUUCAAUCACCAUCACAUUUUACCAAUCGUUCAUUAUCACUUUUUGAAACAACAUUAGUUAAUAGUAGUGUAAGACAUCAUAAACCACAGUCUCUAUUGGGAACGCAAUCUUCUUCACUAGAACAUCCUCCUACAAAUAAUAUAGAAAUUAAAGCACCAUCAUUUUUAUCACAAACAUCAAAUGAUUGGAAACAACAAGAUUAUACAAAUCGAUUACGCGAUCGUUUGAAAUCUCGAGGACAUUUACGCAAAUUUUUUCUUUCAUAA